CGUCGUUUGUCCUCACCAUCUGAUGCUCAACCGUGAUACAGCAAGAUGCCACGAAUCGUCAAUCCCACGGGCUGGUCAGUGCUCAAAGCAGGCAGCGUAAAUGGCGGCGGCGGCGAUGAGGAGGGCGGCCCGCUCGUGGUACUAGCCGACGCGUCAGGCGAGCAUCGCCUUUCGAUCCAUCCGCUCGACUAUCGAUUGGUGCGCGUGGUUCGGCAGCUUCCUAGCAGACCCCAUGGUAUCAGGCUGAGGGACGCAACUGGCAUCAGGUGGGAGAAGCGUGACCAUUCCGGUUGGCGAGUUGAGCAUGACGCCACGGCCAAGCGCCUCGCAAUUCGCAGCCCUGUCCCAAAUGGUCUCACUAUUACUAUCUCCUACACUCUUUACCUCCGCUUGGCCUGGCACUUUGGCUCCUCUUCUACGCCCUUCCUGGAAGACUUCAAACGGGCAUACCCCUACGACAUGAUCUCAGGGCGAGUCUACCACUACACCUGCAGCGAAGGAUACAUGCCCACUGACGAACACACAGGUGCGGCGAACUCAGCGACAAAGUACAUCUACGGGCUUGGUGAGGCGAAGGGGCCGAUGAACAAGGUCGGCAAGCGCUAUAUCAUUGACGGUAGGGACAGCCUCGCUGCUGAUCCGGAAGAGACGGACCCUUACUACAAGUUGACGCCAUUCAUUGCGAUAUACGAUUCGGCCGCCCGAUUCUGGCAUGGGGUGUACUACAAUACGCUCAACCCCUCUAUCUUCGACUUGGGCGCAGAACAUGACUUCUCGACAGGAAACUUCCACUCAUUCUCUACGGAGCACGGGCCAUUGGACUACUACGUGAUGCUAGGGUCAUCCAGCGAGGAGCAAGCAGUCAAGCCAGACCUCUCAGGCAUUGUCAGCCAGCUUGCUCAUCUUGUCACGCCCCAACCUCCCUCACGAGCCUCAAGCUCGACAGCGCAGCAAUGGCGCGCCUCCCCCAACCUCCCUCCCCUCAGUCAAUUCGGCUACCUCGCCAGCUCCCUCACACUUUCGGAGCGUCAGGAUGCUCAAGCGGCAGUAGUGGAGUAUGUGCGCGAGGCCCGCGCCAAGCACUUCGCCAUCGAUGGCAUGCAUCUCUCUAGCGGGUACUGUCAAGACCCACAAACGGGAGAGAGGCAGUACUUCCAGUGGAAUGAGAAGCGCUACCCCGAUCCCAAGGGGAUGGCCGAUCAGCUGGAACGAGGCAAUGAGUGCGGAUUGAUCAUCAACGUGAAGCCGUGGCUGCUUGAGUCGCACCCUCUUUACGAGCAAAUGGCGAAGCGGGAUGCCUUCGUGCGGGCAGCGCCUGAUGCUCAGGCUGAUCGCGGACGAGCAGGUCCGCAAGGUCAGUCGAGGACGUGGCAUUGGAGCACUAGCAUGGGCCAGACGGGCAGGGGAAGCUACUUUGACUUCUCGUCGCAGGCGGGAAGUGAUGCAUGGAAGGAACUGCUGCGGAUGGGUGUGGUGGAGAAGGGAAUAUCUGGAGUCUGGAUUGACAACAACGAGAUGUCCACACUGGUAGAUGAUGCAGAUGAAAUGAAUGGAGAGAGGAGCUUUUGGUCGUUGGAAGGAGAUGGUGCAGACGAGGAUGAGGUGAUCCAACGCAUGGCCGGUUGGAGCGGCACGACGCCACUAGGAGCGUGGGGACGGGCAACACUCACGAUGGGCAUGGCAAAGGCGACGUACGAGGCCCUACUCGCUGCAGCGCCCGACCGCCGUCCAACGAUCGUAACACGUAGCGCAGUACCUGGCAUGCAAGCCUUUGCUGGGGCUACUUGGAGCGGCGACAACAGCACGACAUGGCAGGCACUCAAGUGCAGCACGAAGCUCACUCUUUCGUACGGCAUCUCCUUUGGCAUUGGCCUGUACGGGCACGACAUUGGUGGCUUCGCGGGAGGCCACUCACCGAGCGCUGAUUUGCUCAUUAGGUGGUGCCAGCAGGCGGCAUGGCACACGAGAUUUACUGUGCACAGCUGGAAGCAGAUCUCGACGACCUUAUGGAUGUUCGACGAGGCGACGACGAAUCACUUACGCUCGAUUCUCGACUGGCGUUACCAGCUCAUUCCGACACUCUACUCACUCUACGUCACCGACUACUGGAUGCGAGGCUGGCCCGUACUGCGGCCCCUGCUGUGGUAUCACACGAGCGAUCGCGGCACGCUGGAGGAGGAUGAGCAGUUUCUCGUCGGCAGCCACAUCCUUGUAGCACCGGUGCUCGAGGCAGGGGCGAAGGACGUGACGUUCAACCUGCCCAAUGUGCUCGACGCUAGUGACGAAGAGGUCUGGUGGUAUGAUGUGAUGGGAAGCAGCUGGAUUGAGCCGUCAGCGAAAGAUGUGACCGGGCGAGACGUGACGCUGGCCUGCCCGCCGGGCUCUCCGCACAGUCCAUUCCUCGUCCGUGCUGGCGGCACGCUGGUGACAGCGCCAUCAGGCAUGACCUCCGUGCUUAAGCCAGCCACUUCGCGCUGCAUCCGCCAUGUUGCCAUCUUCCCGGCUCCUGAGCCAGCAUCGAGCGGCAAGCGCGGCAGCUUCGCCAUCAUUGAGGACGACGGCAUCUCUAAUGCAGCGACUCAUCGCGGGGAGAUGACUGAGAUUGAGAUCAGAUGGGAAGUAGUGAGCGCAGAUGUGGUCCGAGUGGGCUAUCAAGUGGGCUACCGAGGCUACCGAGGCGAGUGGCAUCUCAUGGUGAGCCUGCCGCAGGGCGACAAGCGACGGCUGAUGGCUGCAGAGGGGCUGAAAGCAACGCAGGAUUGUCAAGGGAACUUGCACUUCGACGUCGUUGUCUCUUGAUUGCCAUGGAUGCUAAUGGACACCAUCGGCGCGGAGCCUCUUGCUC